AUGCGACCACCACCUUCAAUCGCGAAUAGCUCGCGCUUUCUCUCCACGCAUACACCGAUACCGACAUACGCGCCACUCGAGACACUGAGCGAUCCCAGCAUCGAAGAAUUCCAAAAACAAUGCUUUGAGCCAGAGCACCCGGCAGUUUUAAAUUUGCCAGCCUUGCGCGCGCUGCCCGCUCGACACAACUGGUUCGCGCCUUCUUCUUCGUCGUCGUCGUCGUCGUCAUUCCAUCUCAAUUACGACUACUUUGAGCAACAUGCCGAUACCCCGGUGCCGCUAGAGCUUUCCUCUACAAACAACGCGCAAAGUGCAGAUGGAAGCAAUGGGUCGCAGUUCAAGCGCUUCCAAGCUCCCCUGUGGACCUUUGUGGACUGGACCCGGUCGUCAACGACUACUACCUCCACCACCACCACGGCACCAUUCCGUCUCUAUCUAGCUCAAUGCCAACUCACCGAUCUCCCUAGUCAGCUGCAAACCGACAUUCCCACACCGGAAAUAGUAAGCAAGGCUGGCAAGGGCGAUAUUUACGAUACCAACAUCUGGCUCGGCCUUCCCCCUACAUACACGCCUCUCCAUCAAGACCCCAAUCCGAACCUAUUCGUCCAACUCGUUGGUACAAAACACGUGCGACUUUUACCGCCAGAUGCUGGAUUAAAACUGUUUGCGCGAGUGCGGAGCCAGCUCGGUAGGGACGCUGGUCGAGGUGCGGCUGUUUUCCGGGGUGAUGAGAUGAUGCAGGGCCGUGAAAGGGAACUUUUGGAAAGGACAGUUUGGAUGGAUGAUGGUUCUUUUUAUUCUUCCGAGGUCCCUGGGUAUGAAGCUGUUUUGAACGGUGGGGAUGCGCUCUUUAUCCCAAAGGGGUGGUGGCAUAGUAUCAAGGGGGUUGGAGAGGGUAUCACUGCUUCUGUCAACUGGUGGUUCAGGUAA